CAAGUCAAGCUGUGUGUCUUUUUCCUUUGUGUCUUUUCGUAUUAUAGGGAACCCCCGGACAAUUCAAAUCUCUUAUCUCUUACUCACUCUCUCUGGCCGUCUCGAUCAAAGAUUCUUGCCGAUCGAAAUUGAGUUCAAUAACUGAAAAAGAAAUUUGAUAAGAGGUUUAAUGGAUCGAGGAAAGAGAUCAAAUAACAUCAUUGCAAACAGAAACAACAAGAUAUACAUGGACCUCAAAGACAUAAUAAGGGAGCACACCCUCCCUUUUCUUCCUGCUAAAUCACUUUUCAGGUUCAAGACAGUUUGUAGGGACUGGAAGCUCCAGAUCUCAACUCCUUUCUUUGCCCACAAUCAGUCAAAUUGUUUCCAUGAUGUCUCGGGCUUAUUUUGUCAAUCUAGUUCAAACCCACCUUCAUUUAUCUCCCUUGACCCAAAUUCCUAUGGUGUUCCAGACCCAUCUUUGCAGUUUCUGCCUGAACCAGUUGACAUCAAGACUUCUUCCAAUGGCCUACUAUGCUGCCAGGGUCACACUGGUGACAAGGCCUACUACAUCUGCAAUCCUGUUACCAAGCAGUGGAAGAAACUCCCUAAACCCAAUGCUUAUCAUGGGUCUGACCCUUCCCUUGUACUGAUGUUUGAGCCGUCGUUACUCAACUUCGUUGCUGAGUACAAGCUCAUUUGUGCUUUUCCAUCUGCUGACUUUGACAAUACAUGUGAAUUUGAGAUCUAUUCCUCUGCAGAAGGAUCCUGGAGAAUUUCUGGUGAGAUAUACUUUGGUGCCACAAAGCUCAUUCCUAACUCAGGUGUCCAUGUGGAUGGAAUUGUUUAUUGGCUUUCAGAGAGUAGUGGAAUUGUUGCUUUUGAUCUCACCAUGGAGCGGUCACAACGCCUUUAUGGUCAUAAUGGCUGCUUGGGUGUGAUGAAUGGGAAGCUUACAUCAACCAGUGCUUAUAAUCAGUCACUAACUGUGAGUGUGCUGUCCAAUCCCUACACAAACACGAUGGCGAUGAACAGCAGAGUCAAGGCUUGGGAUACAAAACUUACUGUCAAUAUCAACAACAGCUCGGAGCUUCGCGGAGUUUCAUUUUCAGAGCUUCAUGGAUUUUCAUGUCCUGGAUCUAUGUCAUACAAUAGGGGAGCUGUGCUCUUUGCGAGCGGGGAUGUAAUCGUGUUUCGCAGCCAUAAAACGCUUUACUCAUACGACAUGAAGACUAAAGAAUUUGGACGACUUAGCGGUGAAGCUGAUGAUGAUAUUAGAAUCAUUGCUUAUGUGAAUAGCCUUGUUGAAAUUUAGUUUGGCUCUCUUAUCAUAUGUGGCUACCUCAUCUGCAACGCUGUGUAGCCAGAAGAUGACACGCUGGGGAGUUAUAUUAGGUGGUAAUGGUUUGUAACUUAAAUAAUAGUUGGGGAAAUAAUUUUUGGGCUUUUGUGUUCGUAGAAUUUUAGCUAUCAAAUUUGGCUGUGUUUUUGUUUGACAUCUUGCUACUUUCGGUCUUUUUGCUGCAGAAUACAAAAUAUAUCUGAUUUGGGGUUCAGAA